GGUGCCGUUGCAUCGCCGCGUUAUCCGCGUCGUUAUUUCCAUUUCACUCGCGAUUAACGAUAUCGUCGCGCGAAUAUAAAUUAAUUGAAAAAACAAGCGGCGAUUCGGACGCUUGCCGGUUAGCAGAAAUAAGAAAAAUAAAAAAAAGAGACGCGAAGGAGAAAGAGAGAGAAAAAAACGUCGAUGAACAUAAACCAGAACGUGAAACUAACCCGGGGCAUAAUCGCGCUAUAUCGGGAAAGAGGUGCGUUAGCCUCUCGGAUUCUGAACUCGCCGGGAACGGAUUAAUUCCGCGCGCGCCCCGAGGAGUAGCUCGAAAGGACAUUCGGAGAACUAUUUUCCCGGUUUUCGUUAACCGAACGCACCGGACAAUCCGUCUCAUUGUCAGUCCUCGAUUUCUAUUCUCUCUGCGAACAACUACAUGGAGAACGCUAUUCCAUCUUCCUUGGAAUUAAUAGUGGCCGAGCUCCUCAGUGAGAAGAAAACUUAACUUCGAAUUUAAUGAAGAAUUUCAAAAAAGAAACUUAAUUUAAAAGAAAAACAAAGGAGAAGAAUAUAAAACGCACAGUGACAAACUAACAAAUAGAAUUUAAGGGAGAACCCUCAUACAGAGACUUCAUUAUUAAAUCAUUUUCAAAUGUUCAAUGAGGUCAUAAGAACUUCAAUAAAUUUCUCUUCACUACUCUACAACUAAAUUCCAAACAUUUAUUUCGUGACGAUAGAGAUACCUAACAGAAACCUCUAACCGCCAAUUCCCUGAAACUAGAAGGUGCAUUCGAGGCAACGAACAUCUGAACAUCCCGCGCGCCUCCAGAAUUUGAAAAUAUCCUAGAAUCAGUUUCUAUAUUUCGGGGCCAAUUCAUGGAUCUAGUUCAGUGAAGUGGCCGCGAAGGGAAUGUCUGCAAUUGUUUAGGGAGCCAGGAGCUGGUAAUAGCGUGUGAAACGGUGGCAAGUUGGAGAUAGAAAGGCGUCGGGUCGAGGAUUCGACAAGCAGCCGCGCAACGCCGAGAAAGAAAAAGAAGAGGAAGGCGAAGGAAAGAGAGGAAAACAAGAAAGAAACGAUCGUCGGUCGAGCAAGUGCAUCAGAAUGCCGAAUGCCCUCCCGCUCCCCUCUUAAUUCGGCACUGUGAUCGUGAGCUGUGUAUGCUUCGGAUGAAGUCGUUGCCAUUCCAGCGGAACGUUGUGUGAGGAAGCAUAGUUGCAAACUAGACGGUCCCGUUUCGAGAGCAACCGGAAUUGCAUCGCGUCCGUCUUUGACCGGGGAACCGGAUAAAAUUCAUCCACCACCUGGACAAUGUGGCCCCGGACGAUCACGGUCCUCGCGUUAAUUGUUUCGGCGGUCUCGCAGAAGACGCUCAAUCUGUCAGGCCGCGGUUUGAAGAAAGAGGACUUCUUCUUGAAGCUUCAAACGCAGAUCACUCUAGCGGAAGUAACGAAUCUGAUUCUCCGUGACAACCAGUUUGACAGUUUCCUCGAUUGUUCCACUAAUCUAACGAGUCUACGAACGUUGGAUCUCUCGCAUAAUCAUCUUCAACGGUUUUUCUUCCUCUGCAGAGAGGAAUACAAUUUGCAAGUGUUAAAUGUUAGCCAUAAUAACCUGCAAUACAUCGAUGACCAUGCGUUCAACGACAGAAUUCCGAAACUGAAGAUUCUCGAUGUAUCAUCGAAUAAACUAUCGAUUGUCAACGAGACCAUGAUGGAGCAUUUCAAGAUUUUGGAAUAUCUCUCGUUGGCUAACAAUCCGAUCAACGAUGCGAUCCACGAAAAUGCAUUCUGGAACUUGAAAGCACUGCGGUAUUUGAACCUGAGCAACGUAUCAUCGUCGUAUUUUACCGCGGAGGUUUUCAAAACGUUAACUAACUUAUCCAUGUUAGAUUUAUCGAGCAAUCCUCUAAAGGAAAUUCCAACAUUACCGACCAAUAUAGAAGAACUCGAUCUUUCCAACACUAUGAUCACAAAACUGAAAAACGUCAUGUUACCAAAAUUACGAGAAUUGAAAUUGAAUAACAUGUCAAAUCUGAAAGAACUGUGUUUAGAUGAUUUGAAGGGCUUAAAUAGCUUAGAAACGUUGUUGCUAACUGGCUCGAAGAAUUUAGUCGAGCUGAAAAUUAUCAAAUACGACGAACAACUUCUACCACACUUAAAACAGCUCCGGAUAAACGAUUGCGGUCUGAAAACGCUCGAUCAAAGCCUUCUUGUGGUAAUAAACAGAUCGCCGGUUUUGAGCAUUGAGAACAAUCCCUGGCACUGCGAUUGCCAGAUGAUGUGGGUUCAUGUAUUAUUUGCGUCAAAACCUCUUAGUCAAGAUAUUAGGUGUAACACACCGGAACGGUAUCGCAACAAGCAGAUAAGGGAAGUGCCAGAGAACGAGCUAAAAUGCGAAAGGAUGUCGGCAGUAUUUUAUCCUGUUCUGUGGGCGUGCAUUUUGUUGCUUGUCGUUGCAUUUAUAUUGGCGACGGGCUUUUUCCUUCUUCGGCGACCAAUCGGUCAAUGGGACAUCAGGCGUAAAAACCGGGACACGGUCACCUACAAGAACGUUGAUGAGUCCUCGAACGAUAUGGUGAGAAUUCUGGCUGUUGGCGAAACAGUCGAUCGUAACGGGGAAUGAGCUGACAAUCGAGCGAACGUUGCACGGGGUGCGGACAAAUUCGUUGUACCACCGGAAAUUGGAUGAUUUCUUGUACAAAUACAAAUGACACAGAAUAUACCUAUAUAAAGUCUAUUCUUGAAGAAACUGACUUUAAGGAACAGAAAUGAUACUUUACCACAAUCGAAACGUAAUAUUUUCUGUCUGAGAAUUUUAUUUUGUUGUAUGCAAAUUUUCUAUACUGCUAUUUAUGACUAAAACUUCAUGUGUUACAUACAUCAGAUAUAACAAGUAUGACGAUUUAGAAUAUACAAUAAGACAUACGAGGAUUUUAAAUUAAUAUUUCUCAAAUGCAGUGUCUUGGAUGUAAAAUAUUUACCUCCUACUAUUCACUUCGUAUCUUUGCACAAGAAAUCGUUUAUGCCACGACUUAUUCCAAAUCUUUUAUACAAUAGAAACGUAUUAACUUAGGAUAAGCAAUAGAAUCUUAAGAAAGAAAUAUGUUACAGGUUAAGAACUCGAUAAACUCGAACUGAUAGUUUUGUACGAAGUUAUGUAUAGAGUGUUUCAGAAUGAUAUAUAAUAUUAGAGGCAGAGAUUGACAAAUAGACUGCAAACUUCGUGUAUUUUUUCUGAUUUCGAUUCAAGUGAAACAUUCCACGAAAAUUAAAAUUUGCAUGAAUCUCCGGGAUUUAACGGUUACUCUAUAAAGUUAGUGGCUGUUGCAUGCACACAUUUUACGGUUCACGAGUACUGCGUAUCCGCAAUUCACUUGAAGAGCUACUUACUCCAGAGAAAUUUAUCUAAUCCGUUUGAAGAUAUUUUCACGCAACAAUGGGAGCACCGUAAAUCGUUGACGUUUUGAACUCUUCGGAUAUCAGAGUCCGGCGAAAAGUCAACGAUAUAACAAUCGAAGGGGGCGAUAGAGGUUCACGAACCUGUACCGAUUAACGCGUUCCUUUAUCGCAAUUUCAAUACGUUGCAUAUUGACGCACAUUUUUCCUGAUUUAUUUAAUACUUCAGGAUAUAGUUUCAAAUUUAUUCACGCGCAGAUACCUAAGAACGCUUCUCAAGAUUCAUAGGAUUAAAUCACUGCCACUGUGAACACGUCGGUACCUCUAAAACACGAUUUUAUAAACUCCGGUACGUGCUUGUAGAGUGAAUCCCGCCGUUCUGAAACAUCCUGUGCAGUUAAUUUACCAUUUAUACGUAACAAACGAGAAUUAUACGGUGACGUCCGCAAUAGAAAUAGAUCAAUAGGCUUUGUUAUAACUCGCCACGUGUCGAAAUCCAGGCAAAUACAGUGUAAAUAUGAAGAGGUGGCGUCUCGUCAUUUCUAUCAUCCCUUGAUCCCUACGUAUCGAAUGGCGGCCGCGGAGCAUCUCACUGACGCGCACACAGGGCAACAAUACGCGCACCAAAAAAAACGUCUUUUAUUGUCGGCCGCGGUUUUUCGAAAACCCUUUACCGAUCUCUUGUGCGAAAACGGAGUUGCUCGUCCUCGAGGAACAAAAGCUCGAAUGGUUACAAAGCGCGGCCGACGGCUCAUUUCUUCCGAAUGAUUCUUUUGCCGGUUGCACGUCGUGAAGUACCGUUUCCACGCAUCGACAAGCCCGCGGCGCAACCUUUUUUCAGAACGCGGCUAAUUGAAACACGACGAGCACCCUUUGCGCCGGCGAACUUCACCAUGCGCUUCCUUCUUCUUUUCCCUCUUUUUUUCUCUUCGCUUUUUAUUUGAGCAACGCGACCCGCGAUAUUUUCUGGAUCAGAGUCACGAACCGGGAGCAGAAAUUGACUGCGCUCUACCGUUUGCUCCUCUUCCGAAGGAAACAAAGGAAUGAAUGGAUGCACUCUGGUUUGGAUGAAUGGUACUUUGCGUAACUGGAAGGCAAUUAUCGGGACGUUAGAAUAAAUUCGAGCAAGUGUAUUACAAAGAGAAUAAGCGAUCCGGAAAAGCAUCUUUUGGAUGCAAAUGUAUAAAACGGAGAUAAAGGAAUGAAGGGCUGAAAACAAUGAGAUGAAGUGGUUCUGGGAUAUUAGCCGUCUAGCGCAUUGUUACUUCUCUACGUAAUGGCAUUUCGUUUGCUAC